AUGCGUGGGCCUUGCAAGAUCGUCCCUGCCUCGCUCUGGACAGAAGUGAGGCACCCUUCGAAUAUUGCCGCCAAACUGGCUGGGCUGGGCGUCAAUAGAAUUCGACGCGGCCGUUCACGGGACGACGUGAUCCUAGCAGAGCAUAGCACAGAUCAGGGUCGUUCCUCCUCGGCAGCCUCACUCGUGCUUUCCAAAAUCCCACCGAAUGACAGCAAGCUCACUUAUGCUGCCGAUGAUGUUCUGUUCCACUACAUCAAGCAGAACCACGUCGUCUGCCUCGUCAUGGCUGGCGAGACACUCGGUCGCAAGCUGCCGUUUGCUUUCCUGACCGAGCUGCACAAGCGCUUCACGGCCGCCUACUCCCGCGAGGAGAUCGAAAGUGCAGCCUCACAUGGCAUGCACAACUGGUCGAGCUCGAUCGAGAAGCUCAUGCAGCAGUACGCCGACGGGGAGGCCAAUGACCCUUACAAGCAGGCACAGGCCGAUAUUGCAGACGUGAAGAAGAUAAUGGUCCAGAACGUGGAGCAGAUCCUCAGUCGGGGCGAGCGCAUAGAACUGCUCGUCGACAAGACAGACGCAAUGUCCACCCAAGCUCGUGCCUUCAGAAAGCGAUCACAGGCUUUGCGACGAAAGAUGUGGUGGAAGAACACCAAGCUCAUGGCUCUCACGGCUUUUGUCGUGGUGCUGCUCAUCUAUUUACUCGCUGCAUCACAGUGCGGCGGAGCUCUCAAUCAUUGCUAA